AUGACAGAUUCAAUCAUUAACCAGCCUGCUCUUUACAAUGGAUCACAAGGUUAUCGUGUUCCACUGCUUAUUAACGAUACUCCAAUCUUGAGUGAAUAUGAUACUUCACGACAUCACUCAUUUCAAGGAGGGUAUUUCCAGGGCGCUGAUAUAUCCAACUGCGCAGAUGCUGUGUCGAGUUGCAGUAAAGCAUUUCUGACUUGGUCGACAACUUCUCCAACCCACAGACGCAGUCUUCUCUUACGUCUCGUAGAGGUACUGAAGAGCCACCAGGAUGAAGUCCAAACCAUCAUGAAGUCCGAGAUCUACUGCGAUGAUGAAUGGGCAUCCAUCGGUAUCAGUACCAGCAUCGAUUUAAUAGAGCAGACUGCGUAUCUGCUGACAGCGGGGAGCAUGAGUGGCACCAUCCCGUAUACCAAACCCGAAGGAUCAUACGGUCUGGUGUUUACUCGUCCUUUGGGUGUAGUGCUGGGAAUUGCUCCUUGGAACUCUCCCCUGUUCUUGGCCCUUCGAGCAAUCAUUGCCCCUUUGGCAACUGGAAACACUGUUAUUCUCAAGGGGUCUGAGCUUAGUCCUCGGACACAUCACUUCGUCGCUGGGUUAUUCGCAAAGGCUGGUUUUCCUCCAGGUGUCGUCAAUUUUGUCCUCCACCGACCGGAAGACGCCCCUGAGAUAGUUGGAUAUCUCAUCCGAGACCCGGCUGUCAGAAAGGUCAACUUUACUGGCUCGACACAAGUGGGACGUAGUAUUGCUCAGCAAGCUGGACAGGCUAUCAAGCCGGUCUUGCUAGAGCUUGGUGGGAAGAACUGUUGCAUUGUUCUGAAGGAUGCAGACAUCGGUCGUGCAGCAGGAGCAGCUCUUGCUGGAGCAACACUGAAUGGUGGACAAAUAUGCAUGUCUACAGAUCUUGUCCUCGUGGAAAGGGAUGUGGUAGACGAGUUUCGCGCAGAGCUUACAAAGCAUCUGCGAAGCAGGAACGGGUCGGCAUUUCGACUUGUGGGGCCUAAGAGCCAGUCGAGAGUUCAAGCUUUAAUCUCGGAUGCGGAAGCCAAGGGGUCUUCUGUAAAGUCUUCCGCGGGGCAUCAGGUUGAGUCAAACCUAAUACCAAUCACAAUCCUCGACCAUAUCCACAGCUCUAUGGAUUUCUUCCGGACAGAGACUUUCGGUCCCUGCCUUGGAAUUGUCGCUGUUUCUAAUGCAGACGAGGCGGUCAAAAUUGUCAACGAUAGUGAUUAUGGGUUGUCUGCUGCCAUAUGGACACGAAAUCAGUAUGCAGCAUUGGAAAUGGCGCGUCGUCUUCAAGUUGGAGCGGUACAUAUCAACUCUUCUACAGUUCAUGACGAAGCGACCUUGCCUCAUGGGGGAACUAAGCUGAGUGGAUUUGGAAGGUUUGGUGCGGAAUGGGGGUUGAAGGAAUUUGUUGAGACGCAAACUGUUGUUAUGCACGCAUGA